AAUCGCAGGGCUGCUAUUAGAAAAAAGUUAAUGGGUCAAUGGGAUCAAUGGCGUCACCGCUAAGGACCCAGCCCGUCGCAUAGAAUUUGUAGAUUUUAAAAGUUUUAGCCAUUUUAAUACGAUUUUCAGUUCUAUUUUGAUAUAUUGUGAUUAAACGUACACAAUCAUAGUGCUAUGAAAAUUGGUCCCUGAUAAUUUCAAAAGCAGAAAGUCCACAUUUAAAGAACUCUUUGAUUGAUUAAAAGAAAAUUGCAUUCAAAUUACAAAAUGCAGACUAUAAAAUGUGUGGUUGUCGGCGAUGGAGCUGUGGGUAAAACCUGCUUGCUCAUCAGUUACACUACUAAUAAGUUUCCAUCUGAGUAUGUGCCCACUGUCUUCGACAACUAUGCAGUGACUGUCAUGAUUGGAGGUGAACCCUACACCCUGGGACUCUUUGAUACUGCAGGUCAGGAGGAUUAUGACAGACUGAGACCCUUAAGUUAUCCACAAACAGAUGUUUUCCUUGUGUGCUUCAGUGUGGUGAGCCCCAGUUCAUUUGAAAAUGUCAAGGAAAAGUGGGUUCCAGAGAUUACUCAUCAUCAACAAAAGACACCAUUCCUACUUGUGGGCACACAGAUAGAUUUACGAGAUGAUCCAGCGACAAUGGAGAAGUUAGCAAAGAUUAAACAGAAGCCUGUCUCUCUAGAACAAGGCGAGAAACUUGCGAAGGAGUUGAAAGCUGUCAAAUAUGUUGAGUGUUCAGCUCUUACUCAGAAAGGGCUUAAGAAUGUUUUUGAUGAAGCAAUCCUCGCAGCUUUGGAACCUCCAGAGCCUGUCAAGAGAAGGAAAUGUGUUUUGCUGUAAAGUGGAGUAAGUAAUUCAUCAUGUCUGGCAUACUGCUGAGCGAGGCUGGCGAUCGUGUGACCCAUAUAAGCCACCAUUUAUGAAAUUCACCUUAUUUUUAUAAUAGUUAAUAUUGAUAAUACGAUGAAUAUGCCAUGUUUAAUAAAAUGGCAAACUGUAAAAGUAUGCCUUUUGCUACUGCUUAUUAUUUGGGCCAUCAAUAUUUUCAGUAUAUUAUUACUAACAUUUAAUAACUUUCCUGCAAUGUCAAAAGUGGCAAAGAAACAGCAUUUUCAUUCAAACAUGAAUCAUAUACAAAUAGGACUAUCUUCUUCAAGUUCUUCAACACCUAGCAGUGCAUAGUACUGAAACAAACUUUUUCCAGUCAGAUCUAUAGUGGACUGCAUUGUUGAGCAUCCAGGACAGACAGACAACAGCUUUAAACUCUGUCUCAAUGGUCCUAAUCCAUGUUGCCUUUGGCAUACCAUGUCUUCUCCAAAUAAGACUAUACUAUAGGGAUAAACAACAAACAACUAAUUCUUUUUACUUAUUUACUAACAUGUUUUUUAUAUUAUUAAUUUUAAUUAAUUAUUUAACAACUAAUUUUAUUAUUUAUUAUGACUUAUUUUUUAACAAGGUGAUACUUGAACUAUGUCUCUGUGGCAAACCACACUAAACUGAUUGUAGCAUGCUCCCGCCUAAAAUGUAGUCAAUAAAAGAUACUGAAACAAUUAUGCUUGAAGAGGAACUAGACCUCUGUUCAGAAGUACACAAAUAAUAAAUUGAUUCUUCUGGUAGUUGAUAGUGGACGUAGAGAUUUAGUCAACAGGGUUGGUAAAAUUGUUUUUUGGCAAAUGCAAAAUAGAUUGUUACAUUUUUUUUAAAAAGGAAUAUUUGCCUAUAUCUUUUAUAACCACCACCACACCUCAGUAAUGAGUCCAACCUCUCUUACCGUUGAGCUAUUGAGGCUUUUUUUGCAUGAAUGGAAAUAUGCCUUCAAAUGAAAGGUUUAUAGGUGAAGAGGCUUUUAAGGCAUAACAUUCUACGAGAGAGCCUGGUCUGAGGAGUAUAAGACUAAUUUAUAAGAGUUUGAUUUGAUAUUCGAUUCUGACGUUCGUAAAUGUUUAAGAAUGACAUUCACAUUGAUGUUAAUUUUAAUAGUGACUUAAUAAAGACCAAAUUUGUGAAUAGACCAUCUGGCCUCUGUUUCCAUAAAUCCCUAAAUUGUGUCAAUAGCUCCACAAUUCAGUCAGAUUCAUAAAUUGUUUGUGUACUUAUUUUAGUAAACCAUGCACUAAUUUGUAAAACCCUGUAUUUCUUUCUCCACCAAUAUUUCUUUUUUUUUCUCAAGCCACUUGAAAAUGUGAAAUGGGAAAUGGGGAUAACUCAAGACUAAUGUUACACAACUCAACUAAUACUAAUUAUCAAUUUCAUAAUAAAUAACAAAAAUGAAAGUGAAUUUCACUUUCAUUUGCUGUUUCUCAGUAGCUGUUUUUGAUAUUAAAAGGAAGAUUUAUUAUUAACAGUUUAUAAGUGACUUCUACCUAUUAAAUAGCAUUAUAUAAAACCAUUUUAUACUUAACCAUAAAUAUUAAAGUUGAUUGUUACUAAAUGAUUGACUUGCUUUUAAUAAAAAGACUUAUAGCUGCAAAAUAAUGUAUUAGGUACUUUGUAUUGAUUGCAGAUCAAGACAAAGCCAAUAUUCAUAUUAAUGUAAUGUUUGUAUGAUGUGUGUUAUUAUUAUUUUACGAGAUAAAAUAUUUAUUAUAUGAGCAAAGUAAAUUGAAAGUAAAUUGAUAUUUCCUUUAACUUGUUUAAAAAAGAAAGUUUUGAAUGCUUAAACAUAAAUAUUUUUUCUCAAUGUAUUAAUUUUUUAUAAAAUACUUAGGAUAUUUUGAGCUAUGUAAUGAAAUUAAUGACAUACUAUAACAUAUUAUUUAUCGUUAAGGUCAUUGUGAGGUAAAUCAUACAGAGUAUAUUAUGGUGUGAAUAUCAAUUAUUAGUCUUAAAAAUAGUGAACGUAGAAUUUUUAUCACAAUGUAUUGCAAUGUGAAUUUUGACUGAAAUUAAAAGUAUUCAUUCCAUGGAAUAUCUGGCAUUUUGGGUUCCAUAACCAUACCUCAUGAUAAAUGUUCAAUUUACAUUUGUUUUGUAAUCUUUCUGCAUGAGAGCUAUUUCUCUUAUUUCUGCAAUAUCUUUGAAUAUUUUCAGACUGAUGUAGAUUUGAUGUGGAAAUGGCCAAAAUUGAAAAUUAAAAGACCUUUUGCCUCAUAAUUCGAAAAAUAUGAAAUCUAAAUAUUGUGAUGUCAACUUUUAAAUAAAACAAACAUUUUAAAUAAUACUCAGUAAGUAGUAGUAGCUUUCGUGGUUUUGGUAUGGAACCUACUCGGGGUGUGAGUUCAACUGACACUUGAUCAACUAUUAUUAUGUAUGCACUGCAGUCUCGAUUGUAAAUUAUUGAAUAAUUAUGUUCUCUUGCAUGUGUACUACGCAGGUUGAUGUUGGUACCACGCAGUGACGUGCGCAGGGUUUUAACUAGGGUAUGCACUAUAGGUACAAAAUGGACAAUUCCUUCCUCAAUACAGUUCAUAAUGAGUUCUCGGGGAAGGCAGAGCAUUUUUGCAUCUAUGGUGUGCACGCCACUGGGUCCCAAAUUGUAAUACUCUUCUGCUGCCUUGACACAAAGUAACGCACAGCGGCUUUGUUGACUGCACUGUUAUAAAACAAAAAAGGUUUCAUUUAUUGUAUGUAUGCAUAAGUUAGGACCGUUGUAACUAGUUCGUUUACAGGAUCAAAUUUAAAGAUUGAAAUCAUUGAUCUCCUAUUUAAAAGUGGAUGCACAAUUACCGACCAAAAAACGUCCCCACUCAAUGAGUGGCUAACACAACGUCUUGGCACUCAAUUCAAGUAGUCGCAUUUGCAAAUUCAACCUUAUACUCAAUUGGGCUUUUAAUGAUUAUUUGGUAUAAUUUUCUUUACCAAUAAUUCUAAAACUGUCAAAGCGAAAUUGGUCAGUUUUUAUGUGAAAUUUUCUACAUGAUAGUGGUGUGUCCUUUUAUUAUAAGAGGUCAAUGAUUGAAAUAGAUUUAAAUUCAAAACAUAUAAUUUUACACGCUAAGGCGCGAGUACUACUGACUUAACUAUUAAAAUAUUUUGUAUACAGUAGGUCUAGCAAGGGUCAAUGACAUAUGUCGUAAAGGGAAAAAUAUAUACAGCUCGUGCGGAUUAACUAGACACUUGGCUCGAAUAAUGUUUGUACAGUGUUUGUAUGGAUGUGUUCAAUAGCCAGGUGUCAAGUUAAUGCGCGCGGAUUAUAAUGUGAAACGAUAGUAGCGAAGUUUAAAGAUCGCUUUAUCUGCGUUGUUAUUGAUAGACAUUGGUCUUUCUCUCGGCUCGGGUAUCUUUACCAUAGACCCACUAGGGUCUGUUGAUGAUGAUCAUCCAAUGUUGCACAAAUAGUAUGGGGUCCACACACAUAUAUCCGUUUUUAUAAGUCAACGGUGAGUGCUCAUGUCUAUAUUAUCUAUUUAGACAUAGAGAUAUAGAGACAAAUCCCAAACGAUUGAGUUAUAAAAGUUUUCUGUACAAUAGUGCUAUAGCUUCCCAAGUUCGUUGAUGACACUCCCAUGGCAUGCGGGCGUAGGGAGGGAAAGAACUGCGCGUAUAUAACGUCGUGCGCGCGGGGAAUCGCUACUUCCCUCCCGGCCCGCGCGGACCAUCGGUUACGAACGAAUUUGCCAAGCUAUACAGGGGUCAUUGCUAUGCAUAUUCGUUGUGCAUGUAACUAGUGCAUAUCAAGCUUAAUCUAACGUCAUUGUAAUAUUAUUCAAUUGGCAUUAAUGUGUGCCUUAUCCAAUAUUAUUUAUUAACUUGCAUGAUUUUUAUACUACAUACCUUGCAGGACAUUUGUAGGUUGUAUCCAGUAUUUUAAGAAUUUUAACAACAUGCAUGUAUCUAAUUUUUAAUGAACUUUCUAAUAGUCUUAAUAUAAAGUCUUUGUUUUCUUUUUCUAUGAAAUGUGACUUCUGAAGUAUGAUAAUCUGAUAUAUCUUAUCAUUUAAAUAUUUUUAAGUGAGAUCAAAGCCAGAUGUGGCCAUCUGCAAAUAUAAUUUACAAAUAUUUUUCAACUAUUAAUAAGUGCUUUGUUUUAUUGUUUUUAAACAUUACAAAAACCGGGCCUUAUUGGUAUGAAUGAAUUGUCUUGUAAUAGAAUAUUGGUUUACUCAACUAUAUCAUUAAUCAUGCAUGUAACUUUAUCAAAAUCGAACACAAAAUAGUGGAAAGCAUUUUUAAGCUCUUGUACAUAAUCUAUAAACAUAUAUUAUUAUACAUACAAUAAGUACUUUGUUUUAUUGUUUUUAAGCAUUACAAAAAAGAGGCCUCACUCGCUACGAAUGAGUUGUUACGAGUAUAUAAUAGUGUGUAGCUUUACUCAAUCAUAAUUAUAAUCGUGCAUGAAAUUUUAUCAAAAUCAAACACAAAAUAGUGGAAAGCAUUAUUAACCUCUUGUACAUAAAUCUAUACUAUAAACAUUUAUUAUACCUACGUACAUAAUAUAUACUGUUGUUGUAAUGAGAGAGGCAUUGUUCACACAUAUCUCUUGAUUGGAACUACCGGUCUGAUUUCUUCUUAUGUUUGGAAAAAAUAAUUUUUCAUUCAUUCAUAGAUUUGAAAUUUAUGUCAUUUUUUCAUGCUAAUCUUUACUGCUAAACCAAUUUUCAUGCAGUUUCUACUGGUAGUUUUGUUGAUCAAAUGAAUUCCACCUUAAGAAGUCACAGGCUUCUGGUAUUACAGUUCAAAUGUUUAUAUUUUAUGAUAUUGCACAUUUCGCAAGUUCUGAUUUUCUAAUAUACUACAGCAAAAAUGUAAUGCCAUUAUUGCAAUUAAUGCAAUUAACGCAUAAUAAGAGAUUGUACACUAUGCAAUUGCAUAGUGCACAAUCUGUUAUUCAUUUAUAUGAAUUAACAUGGAAUUUUACGUAUAUAAAUGUGUCUAAGUAAAUAUCAAACUGAAACAUUUUUACUGAGAAACAUGAAUUUUUUUGGUGAGCUCUUUAAAAAAUUCUGUAUUUUCCUAUAGAUUGUCUUUAUAUUAUUUGAUUUUUAUAUUCUUACUUUGUGUCAGUAACUAGACAUAUGUGUAUAUUAAUAAAUGUAAGAUUUAAGAAA